AUGUCCGACUCCACUCGACGCGAUGAGGAGCCUAACGGCACCUCACCAGCAACGAGUUCAGAGAACUCCGCCAUGCCGGAGAAGGAGGUGUGGACAUCUCACCGACACAGGAAGUUGCCCGGAUGGCUGGACCACUUCAAUGUGCCCGAUCUGAAGAUUCUACUUCGCUGUACGGUCGCGGCAUGGGUUGCCUCACUCUUGAUCUUGAUCAAUCCGUCCCUGAGCACGAUCGGGACGGCCACUUUCUUCGCGACGCUGGUGCUUUUCACGGUUCCUCCGAGUGGCAUUGUGUUUAUCUUCAUCCUGGCCAUGCUGACCCUCAUCAUUGGCAUGGCCGUUGGCUGGGCGUGGGGUGUCAUCGCCAUGAAAGCUGCCCUGGCGGCGCGGCCGGCUGCCGAGACUCAAGCCAGACUGCAAGCCCUGGGCCAACAGGCUUAUAGCAUCGCCAACUCGACUGGACAGCCUAUUACGCUCGUGGAACGAGAGCUUAUCUUCAACGGCUUCAUGCUGGACGCCCGCGUUACAGCUGUCUACUUUUGCCUCAUUUGUACCAUGAUUUAUCUCCUCGCGCGUCUCCGAGCCAAAAACUUCAAGUUCAUCCUGUUCCAGAUCUUUGGUACUAUCAUCAUGGACCUGUUUCUAACUGUCGGACCAUUGCUUCCAUCAUUCGAUGGAACCCUCCCGAAGGUCUUAAUUGAGCCAGCAGCCAUUGGGAUUGGAAUUGGAUUAGCUUGCAAUAUCCUUUUCUUCCCAAGAUCGACUUCCCACACCGUUCUUGAAGGCCUGGAAGGAGCCGUACUCCUCCUCAAGGGCCCGUUGGAUGCGACCGUAGCCAAUUUAAUCGAGGGAGAGGCUCUGGAUCUGAAAGACCUGCAGAAGCUCAAAAUGAAAAUUCUCGCCGCGUAUAAGAAGAUCGAGCCCGCACUCGCUUUCUUGCCGCUGGAUUUCUCAGUGAGCCGGUGGAAUGCAGAUGAUGUCAAGAGCUUGAAGGAGCCUAUUCGGCAAGCUUCAUUGAGCACUUUGUCCCUGCUGGAGUUUCACAUAGGUCGCGUGGGAGGAGAGGAGAAGCUGGAAAAACUCCGGGCAAUCACAGCAACGCAUAAUCAGUAUUCGGAGGCCGAGAUUCAGGAGAGAAAGAAAGGAAAUAAACAACGUGAAGCCGGCAUGCGUCAAUUAUUGGACAGCCUUAGCCUCAUGAAAGCUUUCAAUACCCCCGAACAUGAGGCUCUUCGGCAGGAGAUGCUCGAAGCCAUUCGACAGCCUUGCAGCAAGAUUCUACCCGCCUGCCAAGAGGCUAGUAUGGUCGUUGCCGACUGCAUUCAUGCGGUGAAUUCUUCACGCUGGUUUGGCCAGCCGUCCAAGGAGCGGUUGAACGAACUGUGCAAGAGAAGUGAAACUUCUCUUGAGGCGCUCCGCAGCUUACGCGCAUCAUUUGCUUCUGAAACCACAGAACGCCUCAUUCAGACCAAUGCGGACAUUUUUGACGAAAGUGGCAAGUUGAAAAGCAUCGACGAACCCACCAUGCACAAAGUAAGGGGAAUUGCCAUUGGCAUGGUCUUUGAAGAACAGAUCCUUGGCAUCGCGGACUCUUGGGGAAAGGUUUUGGACCAGCUGGUCGCGCUGAUGAAGGAACGGAAAACAGUCCGCCUCUGGUGUCCGAAAGGAAUGCGAUACGCGUUUGAUUGGGUGUUCCACAGAACUGCUGUUGCGCCUGUCCAGACAGCACAAUCCCCGGUGGCUGAUCCCGAUGAGGUCGAGGAGCAAUCAAAAGCGGCCGAGCAAAGUCUAAACAUGAAUCGGGGAUAUAAAGUCAAACGACGCAGCGGCUUGGGACGGGUUUUGCUUGGCACCUAUCAUUGGUUCAUCUGUGCUGAAGGCAUGUACGCGUUGCGUAUGGUGGUGGUCUCUGUCGCACUCGGCAUCCCGGCAGUGAUCCCGUCUAGUGCAGGUUUUUUCUACCGGGAGAAGGGUCUAUGGGCUCUGAUCAUGGGUCAGACUGGGGUCGUCGUUUAUAUGUCGGAUUUUGUCCUGUCAUUCACGACUCGUGGGCUUGGAACUGUGGUCGGUGGCACCAUGGCCUUGGUGGCUUGGUAUAUUGGCUCGGGCAAUGGCACUGGAAACCCUUACGGCCUCGCUGCGAUCCUGGCUCUGGUUCUUCUUCUCCUCAUGUGGGCACGCAUUUUCGCUCCUCGAGCGUUAAUGCAAGGCACCAUGAUGGGAGGUGCAACCUGUAUCUUGGUGAUUGGAUACAGCUAUAAUGACACACACAUCCCAACAUACGGUAACCCUGGCUGGGGCUACAAUGUUUACUGGCGACGACUCGCGCUCGUGCUUGUCGGAUAUGCUGCGACCUUGAUCGUGCAAAUCAUCCCUCGACCCCCAUCUGCGGCACGACACGUUUGCAAGUCAUUGUCAAAUACCCUUCGGGCGCUGGCUGAUCACUAUGCACUCCUCUUGUCAUGCUGGAAUCAACCCGACCGUGAUGAAGGCCUCAUGGCAGAACAGCUUGCGCUCGACCUCGCCGAUGCGCUCUCAGCCCUUGAUGGUCCUGUUGCAUUGCUCCGCCUGGAGUUCUCUUCCUCUCCUUUUGACAGCGAUACCCUUGGCCAGGUGAAGUCUCUUUGCCAUGGAAUGAACCAACACCUUGCGCGCCUGCUAUUUCUAUCAGCGUCUUUGCCAGAGCAGUUCCAGGACUCCCUUGCGCGCCGCACCGGUCUUCUAGACCAUCGCAGUAUAGGUGAUGUCAUGGCGGUUCUGGGCAUUUUAGAGCAGGCUCUCAAGACUGGCGACCCUCUUCCGGAGGUGCUUCCAACGCCACUACUCAAGCGUUGCUACGAGUACUGGCAAGUUCACCAAGUUCAGAUUGAGCUUAGCACGGAUCUCAUUCGCGAUGAGAAUUAUCGCCGCUUCUGUGUUGCCUUGACUGCCUACCUUAAAUUCUUGGGUACGGUUGAUGACCUGGUGCUCGUGAUGAAGGGCGCGUUAGGAGAAUCACACAUUGUGACUCGGGAGCUGAGGCCUGAUUUAACUGUAUAA